AAAAAAAAAAAAGAAUGAGUUCGUCGAAAGGAGCUCCGAGUACGAGGAAGAGCAAAGGCCGCCAAAAGGUGAAGAUGGAGAAAAUGGAGAACCAGAGCAAUUUGCAGGUCACCUACUCGAAGAGGCGGGCCGGGCUUUUUAAGAAGGCGAGCGAGCUUUGCACGCUGUGUGGGGCCGAGGCAUCGAUCGUCGUCUUCUCUCCUGCUGAUAAGGUUUAUUGCUUUGGACAUCCUAAUGUCCAAACUGUUCUUGAUAAGUUUGAUGCUGAUUCUGGAAUUAUUAAUAAUAAUAUUAAUAAUAAUAAUAAUAUUAAUAAUAAUAAUAUUAAUAAUAAUGAUGAUGAUAAUAUUAUCGAUAAUGCCGCGACGGCGCGCGUUCUUGAGGCUUUCAGAAACUCAGCCAUACGUAAACUCAACGUGAGACUAACCCGAGCCGAGGUUGCGUUGAGGGCCGAAAAGAGAAGGACCGAAGAGCUCGAGGCGAUCAAGAAAACAGGUCAAGCCCAGAAGUGGUUUCCGACCGGGUUCGACGAUUUCAACUACGACCAGCUUUCUGCAUUGAAGGAAUCCAUUUUGGACUUUCGGAAGAAUCUCGACGCCAAACUGCAUGAGGACAUGCUUAGGGGUGGUUUUUUGUUUAACCCUAAUCCGGCAUUUAACAAUGCUCCGUUUCCGGUGGGGCCGAACGAUUUCUUUGCUCAUGGGGUUGGUGGUAUUAAUGGAGGGAUGGCGAUUAAUGAUGGAUUCGUUGUUGAUAAUCCUGCGGCUGCGAAUAUUAAUAUUAAUCCUAUGAUUGCUAGUGGUAGUAACAACAAUGGUGGUUUUGUUCCGUUCGAUAAUUACGGUGGUGGUAAUAAUGCUAUGUUGUUUGGCGGUGGGGCCGCUAAUCAUGGCUACACGGCUGCUUCUUCUUCGAGGUCGGUUCCGAAUUACGAUCCUUCGACGGCUAACAUCGGGAGUACGAGCUUUGGUGGGUACAACAACAACAUGGGAUAUGAUCCUAGGAUGUUUUAA